AGGCACAGUCCUAUGAAAACAGGCCACCUGCGACCGCAUGUGAGGUGCAGGUGAGGGGGUCUUUAGAUUCGUUGUCUCCCGCACUUUUCGACAUACGCAGAACAUAAGUUAUGUUUAUUAUUUCGGUGUCUCGCCGCUCUUCCUAAGAUUUCCCUUGAACAUCUAAAACAUUCUAAUAAGCAUUGCCAACGCCACGUCCUAUGUCGAUUUCGUUGUAACAUCCGAACAUCGCACUUCUUGCGAGUGUGAAAAUGGUGCCUGAUUCCGGUGGAUAUUUAAGAACCUCUUCUUCCUCAGGAUGGAAAAGCCUUAUUACUUUCACUGUUCUUCUUUUAGCAUGGAUAUCGGGAUUUUCAUCUCGUUUAUUUGCAGUUAUUCGAUUCGAGAGCAUCAUUCACGAAUUUGACCCUUGGUUUAAUUAUAGGUCAACUGCGUACAUGGUUAAAAAUGGAUUUUACAACUUCUUGAACUGGUUUGAUGAGAGAGCAUGGUACCCACUGGGUCGAAUUGUUGGAGGUACAGUGUACCCUGGCCUCAUGAUAACAUCUGGAAGUAUACAUUAUAUCCUACAUAGUCUCAAUAUUCCAGUGCAUAUCAGAGAUAUUUGUGUGUUUCUAGCUCCAGUUUUCAGUGGUUUGACUGCCAUUGCAACCUAUUUGCUGACAAAAGAAUUGUGGUCAGCUGGUGCAGGCCUAUUUGCAGCUUGUUUUAUUGCAAUUGUACCAGGAUACAUUAGUCGUUCAGUUGCAGGAAGUUAUGACAAUGAAGGAAUAGCGAUUUUUGCUCUCCAGUUUACCUACUACCUUUGGGUUAAAUCUGUGAAGACAGGAUCUAUUUUUUGGGCAUGCAUGGCUUCUUUGUCGUACUUCUACAUGGUUUCAGCAUGGGGUGGCUAUGUUUUCAUAAUCAAUUUAAUUCCUCUUCAUGUGUUUGUGUUGUUAAUAAUGGGUCGUUACUCUGAUCGACUUUUUACUAGCUACACAACAUUCUACAUUUUAGGUCUCCUUUUGAGUAUGCAAAUUCCAUUUGUUGGCUUCCAACCAAUUCGUACGAGUGAGCAUAUGGCAGCAGCAGGUGUUUUUGCCUUAUUAAUGGCAAUGUUGGUGUUGAAGUACCUUCAGAGCAUAUUGUCUCGAGCAGAAUUUAAAUAUUUCUUCAUAUUAGCUGCAUCGAUAGCAGCUGGAGUUGUUUUCUUUACUGUAGUUGUCUUGACUUAUGCCGGAGUUAUUGCUCCUUGGAGUGGUAGAUUCUAUUCACUCUGGGAUACUGGUUAUGCUAAGAUUCAUAUACCAAUCAUAGCCUCAGUGUCAGAACAUCAACCAACUACAUGGUUUUCAUUUUUCUUUGAUCUUCAUAUAUUAGUUACCACAUUUCCUGUGGGUUUGUGGUAUUGUAUAAAGAAUAUAACUGAUGAGAGGGUCUUUGUGGUUCUUUAUGCUUUGAGUGCUGUAUAUUUUGCUGGAGUUAUGGUUCGACUUAUGCUGACAUUAACACCAGUUGUCUGUAUGCUAAGUGGCAUUGCCUUUUCUCGUCUGUUGGAACUAUUUUUGAAAGAAGAGCAAAAUCCCUCACAAUCCACAUUUAGUGACAGUGAUGAUGAAGCCAAUGGAGAUAAAGGAAGCAGUCGCAUGUAUGACAAGGCUGGAAAGUUACGGAAGAUGAAGCAUGAGCAGCAGAAAGAGGCAGAUGGCCUGGGCGUCAACAUUCGCAGCAUUGUCAUUGUUGCUGUUUUGAUGAUGCUCAUGAUGUUUGCAGUGCACUGUACCUGGAUUACUAGCAAUGCAUAUUCAAGCCCAAGUAUUGUCUUAGCAACAUAUAGUCAGGAUGGGACUCGUCAAAUAUUAGAUGAUUUCCGUGAAGCUUACUAUUGGUUAUCUCAAAAUACAGCCAGUGAUGCAAGAGUAAUGAGUUGGUGGGAUUAUGGAUAUCAGAUAGCUGGAAUGGCCAACAGGACUACACUAGUGGAUAAUAAUACGUGGAAUAAUAGUCAUAUUGCUUUGGUUGGAAAAGCAAUGUCUUCAAAUGAAACUGAAGCAUAUAAAAUUAUGCUAUCAUUGGAUGUAGAUUAUGUUUUGGUAAUAUUUGGUGGAGUAAUUGGUUAUUCUGGAGACGACAUAAAUAAAUUUUUAUGGAUGGUGCGAAUUGCUGAAGGAGAGCAUCCCAAAGACAUUCGGGAAACUGAUUACUUCACUGACCGUGGAGAAUUUAGAGUAGAUUCUGAAGGCACACCUACUUUAUUGAAUUGCUUGAUGUAUAAACUUAGUUAUUACCGGUUUGGAGACUUAAGACUGGACUACAGAACCCCCACAGGUUUUGAUAGAACCAGGAAUGUAAUAAUUGGUAACAAAUAUUUCGAUUUAACAUAUUUAGAAGAAGCUUAUACCACUGAGCACUGGCUUGUCAGAAUAUACAGAGUAAAGAAGCCAGAUGACUUCAAUCGUCCAAGAAUUCCAGUCUCAGAACGGAAGAUUAAGCGUAGCAAGAUUUUCAUUCCUAAAAAGCAGACUAACAAACGCAAGAAGGGUCUGAUAAAAAAUAAGCCUGUUGUGGUGAAAGGAAAGAAGCCGAGUAGAGUGUCCUAGUAGAGAACACAGCUGUUGGAACACUGCCUGCCUGCCUUCAUGUGUGCCUCUGAUAAUUCUGCAGCACUCUCGGUGGUGAUAGGGAAGUAUCACAUUGGCUCAUGCAAUAGCCACAUUUUCUUUUUUUCUUCAGCAUAAUUUUGGUCGAAAUAGAAGUACCCUUAAUUCAUGAGGGGUUUAUGUACCCUACCCAUUCAUUUUUAAAAAGAUAACAUUGAAAGUAGCUUUGUUUGGUACUCUCGGUAGAUAUUUUGGGUGUGGAAUUUGAUAUCCAUCCACUGGUCCAAAUUAUUCAAACAGUUUUUAAUUCAUAAUGUAAUAUAAAUAAUUUUAACAUGCCCUAUAAUUAUUCAAAGAUCAGAAUUUAUCAAGUGGCUUUCAUCUAUCACAGUAAAUGUACUAUGUGUUUUUUAUAGUUUAUUAGAUGGUUGCACCCACUUGUUGUAAGUUUUAAUAUUUACUAGAAUAAUUCCUUGUGUGUUUUUAAAUAAAAAUAUAAAGUGUUUUUUUAAAAAUCUAUGCAAACUAAGUUGCAUAAUUUAUAGAUACCUAAUUUUUCAAAAUUAGGUUCAAAUGUCAGUUUGUAUAUAUGACUGUUCUAUAUUGUGAAAUCGACACAAAAUUUUAUUUUUUGGGAAAUUUUCUUCAGGAGUUAUUGUAGUAAAUAUGCUUUAAUUUUAUUAUUUGUUGAAACAAAUUAGACACAUCCCAGUCAGUGAAAUUUAUGGUAACAAGAGUUAUGCAUGGCAUAUUGUUACCUAGGUCACUGAAUAUGUACGUACACCUUGUAAAUAAAGUGUUCAAUCAAAUGUACGUUAUUGAAUGGUGCAAUAUAAAUUUAGAAAUUUGGAUACAGAUAAGGUGGUGGCCACAAAUUCAGUUUGCUUCAGUAAAUUGUAAUUGCAAUAAUAAUACAUGAGCCAGUAGUGUUGUUAAUAAAACUGUGGGCUGUGGGAUUGCACAUUUUUUGGUGUUUGUGAUUUGAAAAUUGUGUCACUGGUUUUAAUGUGAAUAAGUGAAAUGUGGUGAACGUGUGAUCAGCUUUAGUUCUAUAUUAAUUGUAAUUACAUACAUUGAGAGUGAAGUUUAGUGCUGAAUGAAUUUUCUAUCAGUUUGUUAUACAACUUAUUUAAUACUACUGACUGAGAACAUCGAGAAUGUUUGCUUGUUGAGUCAAAAUCAACCAAAGUAUAUUUGUAACGGAUUUUGUUAAAUCAUCUGUAUUGUCUACUUGUUAAGUAGUGGAUUACUGGAAUUAGAGUAUGAUACAUGAUCAUGUUUUGGACACUACUCUACUUAAUUCAUUCCAUGUUUUGUGUAUCUAACAAAAGAUAUGAAUUUACUUUCUUGAUCUGGUAACAAUUUCAACAUGUUGCAUUUCUGUGAGAUGGUUGUGUUGAAAGUUAAUAAAAAUGUUGUUGUUCCAAUUUACAUAAUUGGUGUUUGUUUUUUAGUCAUUCAACUUUUAAGUAUUUCCUGUUCAGAGAAGAUAACCUGUAAUUAAGGAUAUGAUUCAGAAGGAAAGUUUGCUUUGAUAAUUUGCAAAUUAUUUGGCUUUUCCAGUGAUUUAUCUUUUUUGGUUGAAAACAACUCUAUAGGACUAACAAUUAUGAAAUAAUGUGCACAUCCUUGUAACUAAAAUAUGUAAUGUAAAUGAUAAAAACAUGACACGCUGGGAUGGUAGAUCUGGAGAUCGUGAUCCUUAUUUUAUCUUGUUCUACCAUUUAGUAAUAGAAAGAUAGUUAUGUAAUUGUGCUGGAAAGGGCAGAUCUUUCAACAGCAAAAUACAUUUUGCAGAUCCCUGAUAUCAAACGAGAAGAAAAGUUUGUUUUCCUUAACUACCUGACUGCAUUCCAUUUCUCUAGGGUUAAAAAAUGUAAUAUUAAACUAUGAACUAAUAAAUCAACAAAAUGGAUCCUCCAUACAUCAUAUUGGUUUUUAAUAACUUUAUAUAGCACUAUUAGAACUGGCCAAUGCUUCAGUAUUGUCGUGUAUUACCCAUCUCGCACUCUGCUUAUCACAUGAUUGUUAAUCACAUUUUACAGUACUCUGUGCAAACAUUCUAAUAGAUGAGACUUUCUCGCAAAUUUGGGCAUGCAUUUGCUAUGAUACUAUCAUGGAGAAAUAUUUGACUUAUUUGUAUGUAGUUCAAGUUAUAAUUCCAACUGAUAUUUCACAAUCUGAGCAAAAUACUUAUUUCCAACUUCACAUAAGGAAAUUUGUUAAACCUUUUAGACAAAAAGAGAUGAAAAUUGUGCAUUGUGUUUGCCAUAUUGGAGUUAGGUGCUUAAUGCAACAUAUUGUAUUGAGAACUGUUGAUUUGUAUUUAAUUUAGCAAAUUAAAAGGGAACCUGCAGUUUCAUUGAAAUUUGAGGCUAGGAAUUGAUUGUACUGUGGUGUACACCAGGAGCAUUGCUCAGAAAUCUCACGGAAAGAAAAUUAGGUGUAAGAGAAGCAACUAUAAUAAAAACAUUUAUUCACAAUAACUCUUAACAACACAAAAACAAAUGUUAAGCUAAUUAAUUACCCUAUUUGACAAACUCAAUAAAGAGACCAGUGUAGUUUCCUAAACUUUAUCAAUGAAACUAAAUCUAUUAGAAAAUGAAUGUUGGCUAUUUACUGAAUCAAAUUAAAUUCCAUUUAUUACACUUGUUGAUUUUUCUCAUUCUCUAAUUUGAACACUUUCCUAC